AUGGCAUCCGAUACAUUACCGCUGAACGUUGCACCUCCGAAAGGUCCGACGAUGGCUGGCAAUGCAUUAGUUUCGUUUGUUGUUGAUUCUGUUGAAGCAGUUACGCCGCCUGGAUUUCCAUCUAUAUUAAUUGAUCGCAGAGAGAGCAGAGAUCCGGAUGAACUAUUUGAUGUGUACGACGAACAAAAAGACUUUUUCGGAUUUGCAGACAUUUCAUUAGCGCCUGUUAACAUCUUAGGGAAUGCCCUUAGUUUGACCGCUACAGUAAAACCGGCUAUUGCUUUAAAUGGUGACUACCGCCUUGUGCUUGCUAUCACCGAAGAUCGCGUACAUGGCACCGGGGCAGGUUAUAAUCAGGGCAAUUAUUAUUCUGGCGGCAAUAUACCGAUGGCUUGUUCGGAAUAUGAUUUUGUAGCGUUGCCACACCCCGUACCUGCGGCUAUUAUGUACUACGAUUUUGUGGGACGUAAAACAGUGCCUUCCCCUGAAGAUAUUGGGGAUCAGGGUAUCAACACUGCCAAUGGUCAGGUAGUUAUCAUUAUUACUUUUCACCUGCCGGAUGGUUGCCUUUACACCCAUAUCAAUCUUAUCGGAUUUGCGCACCGGCAUGGUAUAAUCCGACUGGAUAGUAUAAAAGUUAUUCCGGCCACUUCCUGCAGUCCGCUGACCGGUGCGGCCCGAAAUAUCCUGGUGUGUAUUGUCUCUAAAGUAGUCUGUAGUAAAACGGUUAUCAUUUUCGUUCCGUCCCAUAUUGGCAUUGACGUCAAAGGUCCAUUCCUUGCCCGGCUUGGGAAACAGGUGUUUGAUACCAAACUGGAUACCGUUCAUAUCAAACAUGUUUUUGCCCUGCGUGUUGCGGUGCGAGUAAGAGGACAAAGCGCCGCCGGUGUACAGGCUGUCAACCGUUAUAUCAAUAUUAUCAUCCGGGCGGAACUGGCCGUGCACCUUUACAUAGCCAAGAGACAGCGUGGUCCGGUUGGUCAUAAAAUAAUCCAUCCCAACCCGUCCGAAGGCAAAACCGCCCCUGGUCAGGUUCACAUCAUCCUGGAACGUACCUCCAUGCUCGUUUUCCCUCAUUGCAAGAUCAAUCUUGGCCUGUUUGUCACCCAUCGCCGUGCAGAUGGCUACCAUGACCUGGAAACUAUUUUUUACCCCGUGCGGGAAUUGAAAGAUGCCCUGGAAAUGGUGCCUGCAAAAAAUGGAGAAACCAGUCUGCACCUCAGCGGCAAAGCCGUAGCCGGACCAGCGGACAAAAACCUGGUGUACAAAGCAUGGCAAUUAUUAGCGGCCCGUUUCCCGGGUAAGGUGAUCCCAAUGGAAAUAUAUCUCCAUAAAAUCAUCCCGAUGGGUGCCGGUAUGGGUGGCGGCUCUUCCAAUGGCGCUGUUGCACUUAGGCUGAUCAAUGACCUGUGUAAACUGGAACUGACGGAUCAGGCGCUGGCUGAAAUGGCCCUGGAGCUGGGCUCUGAUUGUCCUUUCUUUAUUUAUGACACGCCACAGUUUGCCACCGGGCGGGGAGAAAAGAUGGAACCGAUCCCGGCCAUCAAAUACGGCAUAACUGUUGUAACGAAGCCAGUCUCCAAGAUUUAG